UGCACACUGCGCUUGAGCUGCAUGGCCGAGCCCGCCCCCUCCUUCCUAUUCCGUUUGAAGCGGCAGCUGACUGGCUGCUUCCGCAGCACGGUUUACCACUGUCCCGCCAAGGCCCACUACCCCCAGGAGUUGGGAUGCGGGGUGUCGAAAUGAGUCUCAGAAUGGCACUUGCAGCGGCGCGGCUGGUGGUCUGCAGACACCCAGAGGCAUGUAGAUCGCGAUGGAAUGCGAUGAAAGCGGCGCGGCGGGGCUGGAAGCACCCGGCCGCCGCCGCCGCCGCCGCCACCUCCGACCGUUCCGCCGACAGCUACCGCAGGGCUCCCCGCAGCACCUGGGCGCCAUCGAGAGCAGCUUGCGCUGUGGAUGCCACCUCCAGUACAAGUGGCAGCAUGGCAGGGGAGGUGUGCAGCCUCAAGUGCUGCCUGCUGGACGUGCCAGGUGGGAUGGCGGAGGAGGUGGCCGAGGUUCUGCUUGCCUAUGGCGCGCAGUCGGUCGCGGUGGAGGAGUUUCGUCCCGCAGGCGGCGCAGAGCAGGAGGACGGCGCCGCCAUCCUGGCCAGCACCGCUGCCGACUUUGGGCUAGGGGAAAGGCAGCAGGUGGUGGAGGCGAUGCGGACGCAGGACUGGGAGCAAAGUAUCAUGGACAGCUACCAGCCAUCGGAGGUGGGGGAGGGCCUGUGGAUAGUGCCCGUCUGGAGCCAACCGCCCGAUCCUGAUGCAACCAACAUAGUUCUAGAACCAGGCAUGCCAUGCCUGGCGUUUGGCACAGGCGAGCACCCCACCACGCGCUUGUGUCUGCUCUGGCUGCAGCGCCUGCAGCACGCCAGCAGCCUGUCAGGGGUGUCAGUCAUGGACUAUGGCGCGGGCUCGGGCGUGCUGGCGGUAGCGGCACUUCUCAUGGGGGCAGCACACGCGGUGGGUACUGACAUAGAGCCGCUGGCUGUCAAGUCAACACAGGCCAACGCGGCAUUGAACGGCGUGGCGGAGCGGCUGGCGGCAUACCAGUGCGCAGGCACGCUGCCGCUUGCUGCUGCUGUCGGGCGUUGCUGUCUUUGCCUGGUGGGUGCUGACUUGGAGCAGCAAGAACCGCUGGCGGCGGCAGGGCUACCAGAGCCGCAGCGGCAGUUUGACGUGACGGUAGCAAACAUCCUGCAGGCAAGACACGCUGGCAGCACACUGCUCGUAAAUGCAGGAAAGUGCUUGUCCUGCAUUCCUGGUGGCUGCCUGCUUGACCCAGGUGCGGCGGAGCUGCUGCAGGGACCGCUGGUGGCGCUGGCUCCCCGCCUGGCUGCCUACACCAAGCCUGGUGGCCUACUAGGGCUGUCGGGCAUCUUGCAGGAGCAGGUGGAAGCGGUGGUGGCGGCAUACAGCCCCUGGUUCCGGGACUUCCGAGUUGAGGGGGAGGACCGCUGGGCGCUGGUCACCGCGGUGCGCAAGGCCGACGUGUGACUGGCUGCUCGUGAUUGGCAGCUGUUGGCGCCUGGUGGUUGUUGCAUUACACCUGGUGCCGCGGCGCCUGUAAACAUUGGCCAGCU